GCUUUGUUACUUACCUGCCAAUUGCCUUUAAAUCUUCAAAUAAGAGACACUAUAAGCCUCUCCCUCAGGUCACUCUGGACACAGGACCGAUGCUUCCUGUACCCUGAUGCACUGCAAUAUUUGCUUCACUGAGAAUGCCUCCACUCCUGGUUAACAGCAGUUCACAUGAACAGGAUGCUAUAUAUUAUGCACCAGAAUCCAUUGGCUCCCUGGUUAUCUUCAUCCUCGUUUUCAUCAUAGGUAUCCCAGGCAAUGGGUUGGUUAUCUGGGUAGCUGGUUUGAAAAUGAAGAGGUCUGUGAACAUCAUCUGGUUCCUAAACCUUGCUGUGGCUGACUUCAUGUGCUGCUUGUCUCUGCCAUUCUUCAUUGUUCACUUGUUCCUCAACGAACACUGGCCAUAUGGUUGGUUUCUCUGUAAAGUCAUCCCAUCAGUCAUAAUCUUCACCAUGUUUGCUAGUGUUUUCCUACUUAUGGUGAUCAGCAUCGACCGGUGCCUCCUAGUGAUGAAACCCGUCUGGUGUCAAAAUCAUCGAACAAUUAAGUUUAUUUCACUACUAUGCAGUGGCAUUUGGAUCCUAGCCUUUAUUUUCUGCUGUCCUGUCUUUCACUACCGCAACACGAUCACUGAUGGUGGAAAAACUGAGUGUGGGUACAAUUUUGGAGAUUAUGAAAUACUAGAAUAUAUGGAUGACAGCGAUCCUGUAACUGGGUUAUUGGAAGAAUACUCACCUUUAGUACCAGCUGUCACAUAUAUUGGCACCAUCUUUGCUCAUCAGCCUACUGAUAGUUAUAGUUACCUAGAUUUUCAAGCAAACAGCAUAUCCACCAACAAAGGCAUAAUUGCAGAAGCUCACCUUUCUCAUGCCACUGUAGAUGUGAACUCCUUGUUAAAUUCGACUGCCUAUCCUGACAUCAGGCUAUUGGAAUCUCAGAGUGAUCUACCUAAUACCAACUUGCCUGUACCAUCCAACAGUGACUUCAAUUUAAAGCUACUUGAUCCUCCUCUUGAUUUGCUUGAUUUUGACAGUGUCUUCAGUGGUAAUGAUUAUGCCAUGCCCUUUCCUUUAACUGUAAUAACUAUUACUAGGGCUGUCUUUGGCUUCAUACUUCCCUUCUGCAUAAUGGCAGUUUGCUAUGCCCUUAUUGCUUUCAGGAUGCGUGCAAGUAAUUAUCGUAAGCCACAAAGCAAGAUGCUGAGAACUAUCAUUCUUGUGGUAGUUGCAUUUUUUGUCUGCUGGGCUCCCUACCAUAUAGUUGGGAUUCUGUCCCUUGUGGCUACUCCUGGUACAGAACUGAAGGAAUCACUGAUCCUCUGGGAUCACCUCUCUGUAGCACUCGCAUAUGCUAACAGCUGCAUCAACCCUCUGUUGUACGUUUUUGUGGGGCGGGACUUCAGGGCAAAGGCAAGGCAGUCACUGCAAGGAGUCUUGGAAGGAGUCUUUACUGAGGAACCAACAUGUUCAAGCCCUUACUCUGCUGACAGAAGCAAGACUUCAAAAGAUAAGGAUGUUAGUACCACAGUCUAAUGCAGGACUUCCCAUCAUUACUGCAGAAAGAAUUCUGUACAUCAACAACUCUCCACUUUUUUUUGCUUUAACACAUCUGAUUACUGAACAGAACUGCACACAGGGCACAGUGAUGGUUCACAUCAGAUCUGCUAAUCUGCUUUAUAUCCUACUAUAGCAAGAUGGGAAGUUGGAAAUACUAAGAGUAAUCUCUUGUGAAAGUAAUCUCUUGUGAAGCAAGAGACCCAGCAUACGUUAAAGAGUAAAGAAGGCUUGCAGAAUGGUUUGUAGUGCAGUCAUGUAUUUCAAUUUCUGAACUGCUGAAUAACAAAAUAAUCAGUUAUUCGCAUAAGUCUAUUAAAGAUGUUCUGCAUCUCCUGUCUCUGAUAAAAUGCAGGUGAAACCAACACUGAUGUCUCUCCUCUGACUAUACUUGGUUCUGAAAUUUUUUUUUUCUGAAGAUACUUAGAGAGAGAAGUGCUACAUUUUACUACAGCAUUGCAUAGGAACAACACAUACUCCAGUCAGCUGCACUGAACUGAUUUUCAUUCUCUGGUAGAUGUACAAGGUAUCAUUUUUAUCCCAGGAAAUACAUCAUUGUACAGUGGUAACUGCACUAAUUCUCAUGCUGUAACUAUGUUCAUUAAUAUGUACUCACUGGCUCCUCAGCACUCCUACCAUUAGCGUCCUAAACUUUCCUUUAAGGUGGUGUUUGAGGCUGCCCAAAUAUUCCUACUGUAUUUUAGCUUACUGCAAGCAGAAUUUGAGGAGCUUCUCAGCCACAAUGUAGUUUUCACAGCUUUUCUGGCCAAGAUGAAAGUUGAAGGAUGCACUGGUCUCAGUGCUGGGAAAACAGACAGCUGUUAGGACUUCUGACUCUUGAUAACCAGAAAAGUCUCAGUUGCAAUGUACACUUAAGUGGAGGCUGUUAAUUUAGUAAUGUCCACACCCAAAUUUUCUUUUCAAGGUAACUGGUAAACAGGAACCAAGCCCACAUGCUAGACGCAGCCAAAAGAAAUGCAAUACUGGCAUGAAAGUGUCAAACCGUAAACACUUUUAUUUAAGAAAGCAUGCACAAAAAUAAAUUUGUGAUACCUCUCUGCCUGACCCUUGACACAAAGCACUGUGGGUUGCUACUGUGGAGCUGUAAGAACUCUGCAUGGCAGGUUUGAUUCCCUUCACUCCCCACAGCUGGUAUCAGUGCAGAGACCCAAAUAGGCAACCCAAUGCCUUCCCAUCCACUGGCAAUUUACAUGUAAUUCAGGGGCAGAGGAAUGAGUCACAAGAUUUGACAUGUAUUUACAUAUGCAAGUGAUGGUUGUAAUGGAUGGAUGCAAGUAAUACGCAGAUGAUGUAAAUAUGCAAAAUGUGGGCACAAGUGUUCGUGGAAGGAGUCAUCUUUCUUUUUUCUUCCAGCGGUUUCAGAUUUCCAUGGGCCCAGCUCUGCAAUAUGAUCUGCAAAGCGCUAACUGGCACCAACUACAGGUUGUUUUUGGUGCCACAUUCCACAGAAACCCAAUCACACAUGCUUCCAAGCUGCAUCGUUACCAUCCCGAAUUGGAGGCAGCACAGACAACAGCUAACUCCAUGCUAAAGUUGGCUCUGGGAUCCCUCAUUCCUCAUACUCAGUGAUAUCCCCACCCAACACACACACAUAAAAAAGAAAAAAAAAAAAAAGAAAUAUCCCACUUCCACCUCUUUCCUUCAGUCAGAAUAGAGGUUUUUACCUUCUUUGCCCCAGGUUUGUCAAAGCCACCAUGCUGUUUUAUUUCUGUUUUGUUCCCCUUACUGAUAAACAAGGAAUAAAAGUUGGGAUGGGCUUUACAAAAUACUAAAAUGAAACAAGAGGUUUGACAGAACACAACUGUACAAGAAAAAAAAAACAAGAGAGGGAACAGAGGAUACAGGUUAGGGAAGGAAGAAUUUUGGCACACACUCCUGUAUCUUUUUUGCUUUCCUGAUUUGCUAGCAGAAACAAUUAAUUGGGGUUUACACUCUAUUCCAUCAUCCCCUCCAGGUGAACUGCAAGGAGUCUGAACCCUCCUCCCCCCCCCAGACCCCUUUUUC